AUGAAAGAACCAAUGCCACCUCCCCCAGAACUGGAUACUGCUCCCGGCUCCUCCUUAUCAUCAUCGAAGCAACUACGCUUCCUUGUCAUCGGCGCUGGCUCUCGCGGAAACGCCUACGCUCGCGCCGUCACAAUGGUCACGCCGGGUGUAAUCCACGCAAUUGCCGAGCCCCACACAUUCAAACGGCGCGAGUUUGGACGAAAAUAUAUAUGGGGCGUGUCUGAAUCCUCCAAAGAGGGCCAGGAGUUCACAGAUUGGCGCGAAUGGGUGCAGUGGGAACUCGAACGACGGAAGCGUGCGACUCAACAUAACGAUGAUAACGCAGCAGACACAUCCGCAACUCCCGUUGGCGUAGACGGAGUCUUCAUAUGCACACUAGACGAAACACAUGUCGAGAUCUUACGAACCCUCGCGCCGCUCCAACUACACAUCCUCUGCGAGAAGCCACUAGCCCUCUCGCUAGACGACUGUCUAACAGUAUACCGAGCUCUCCAACCACCAGAAGGCCCAAACAACACUCCUCAAGCCCCGAAGAAAAUCUUCUCAAUCGGCCACGUUCUCCGCUACAGCCCGCAUAAUAUCCUCCUCCGCAAGCUCCUCCUGACAGACCGCGUAAUCGGCGACAUAGUCUCCCUAGAACACUGCGAGCCAGUAGGCUGGUGGCACUUUUCGCACAGCUACGUCCGGGGCAACUGGCGGCGCGCAACAGCAGCAGGCGAUGGCUCCCUCCUCACCAAAUCCUGCCACGACAUCGACUUCAUCCUCUGGCUCCUCUGUUCCCCGCCCUCACCCGAAAAAGCAUCUAAACAAGCCCAGCAGCCGCACUUCCCGCGCUCGAUCUCCUCCGCCGGCACGAUGACGCAGUUCCGCCAAAAGCGCAAGCCCAUCUCCGCAGGCAACGCUACAAAUUGUCUCUCCUGCCCUGCUGAACGUGACUGUAACUACAGCGCGGUUAAAAUAUAUAACGACCGCCACCUCGCGACGGGUCAUACGGCUUGGCCGGUUGAUAUUGUCUGCCCGGAUAUCGAAGAUGUGUUCCGUGCUCAAGGUGACAAGGCUGCCGAGUCGCUGCUCCUCUCUCGUCUUGCCGAGGACUAUGACCGAGAUACGGUGUUGGACUCGGAUAUCGCUGCGCGGCCUUGGUACGGGCGGUGCGUCUACGAAGCCGAUAAUGAUGUCUGCGAUGAUCAGAUUGUGACGUUUGCUUGGGACGAUGAGGAGGCGGCGCCGCAUCGGCUUGCCAAAACAGCGAGUUUCCAUAUGAUUGCACCCACAGAGAAACAGUGCGAGCGUCGGGGCCGGGUGUAUGGUACUACUGGCGAGGUUUCGUAUGAUAGUACAACAAUUUCUGUUUACGACUUUGCUACAGCGAAGACUUCUGUCUUUGAUGUCCCUAAGCCGCCGCCGGGGCAGAACGAGUCACAUGGUGGUGGAGAUUUUGGGCUUGCGAGGCAGUUUGUUGGUGCUGUUGAGGCGGCUGAGGGGGGACUUGAUGUUGAGACGGCGCAAGCGAGGUUUGUUGGCUGUUCGCUCGAGGAGGCGGUGCGAAGCCAUGCUGUUGUUUUUGCGGCCGAGGAGGCGAGGAGGGAAGAGAGAAUUGUUAAAUGGGAGAGCUGGUGGGAGGAGAAGUUGAGGGUUUCUGCUGCUGCGUGGAAGGUAUAA